AUGGCCGGCGCUCCGGAAGCGUGGAGCGAGACCCGGGAUCUCUACCCGGACCUUCUAGGUCCUGGGAAGGACCAGGCCCCUCUUGCGCUCAUCACCUUCUUCUGCUGGGGGUUCAUGCUGGACCACCUGCUGCGCAGAUCGGACCUCGAGGCCGCAGCCCAGGGGGUCAGCAUCCUGUCCCUGUCGGCAUUUACCGUCCCCUCAGCUGGCCGAGAGAACGGCUCUCUCCUCAGAUACCGCAGAGGUGGCAGCAUGUUUGUUGCCAGUGAGUCCCCAAGGGAGGUGAUGUCCACUGGGCUGGCGGAGCACUGGGCUGAGGAUGCCAGCGGGGAGCGCCAGGCCUCGAAAGGGGGAGUUGCUCCAAGAACGUGGACUUUGCUGGCACGGCUGGUGGCCGACGUGGCGGAGCGCGCCGAGGCGGAGGAGAAGACCCCGCUCGUGGUGCUGGAUGACGCGGAGCGCAUGGCCCCGGCGCUGCUGGACGAGCUGCACGGCUUCCUGCAGCCGCAGCGCGCCCACCACUUCCACAACGCCGUCUAUGUACUGCUCAGCGGCGCGGGCGGCGCGGAAAUCACGCACUUCGUGCUGCAGAACGCGUCCCGAGCGCUGCCCCAGCGCCCCGAUGGCGGCCGCGGUGCUCCCGGUGACCGGGAUGCGGCCGCAGCUGUGCGGGCCGAGGAGGAGCUGCGCGCCAGCUUGCAGGCGCUCCUGGUCCGCGAGCACCCGCUGUGGCAGGCCGCGGCCAUCGUGCCCUUCCUGCUGCUGGACAGGCGGGAUGUGGUCAACUGCUUCCGGGACGAGAUGGCCGCGGAGGGCUUCUUCCCGGAGCAGGCCCGGGCCGAGCUCCUGGCGGCGCAGCUCCAGUACCACCGCGUGGCCGGCCGCGAGUUCGCUGUCACCGGCUGCAAGCAGGUGGUGGCCACGGUGAACCUCCUGUAGCAGGGGCACAGCUGGACGCGCUGGACGCUUGUGGGCACCAGGGGACAUCUCGGUUGAUGAUGGUGGGAGUAGGAGGGAGGGGACCCUGUGGAUUCGCCCGAGGCCCCGAAUAAAUCUGUCUGUGGCCCUCACCGCCCUCCCCAA